CCUUUAAGCUGUGGUACCCUGUGGGAAUUCUUGAGGUGUCUUUGGUGGUAUCAGGGAUCGAAUCCUGGACUGUGGUUAUAUUAGGCUGGCUCUGAACUACUGAUCCACGCCCCCUCCAUCCAGUAGCGGAUUCCAGGCAGGAGCUCCGAAUAUCUCUGUGCCCAGCCUCCCCCUCACUGGGAGGUUUAGGCAGCGGCUUUCCACCCCUGAGCUAAGCCCUAGCCCCUCACUCUAGUAUAUACGUAGGCUCUCUGCUGCUGAGCUCUGCCCCGAGGCCCCUGUAUCUUAUUUUGGAAGGUUUUGCCGUAUGGCUCAUGCUCCCUAGUGGUAUAUUGAGUGCCUGGUGUUUCAGUCCUGUGCUUCCAGACCUGAUGCUGUGGUGCUGUUUCCUGUCCCUCCCUGCAGGCAGUCCAGGCUGCAGCCAUGGUCCCCUUCUGUUGGACCGUGGACCCAGGGCCUGCAGUUCCGUUCGGAGAGAGUCCGAGGCUCUUCAGAGAGAGGCAGGCUUCCGAAGCCACUGUAGGGAGUGUCUGGUGGGCCUCAGGUCCGUCUGUGGCACAAGGAGCCCCUUCAAACCUGUUCCUAUGCCGACCCACAGUGGGUACCUGUCACCUAAAACAAGGGAGCCAUUCAUGCUGGUGUCCACUUCAGUCCCAACAUUUGUGCAAGAGGAUGACUGCAAGUUUGAAGCUGGCUUGGUACACGUGGUGCGCUCUAGGCCUGCCUGGGCUAAAUAGGGAAACUUUGUCUCAAAACAAAACAAAACAAAAAAAACCAAGCAAAUAUAACUGGCCUCUUUAGCAAUGAAUUUGAAGGGCCCCUUUGGCGACAGCAUUGACUACUAUCUUACUAUCCUAUAGCUAUUAAACCCCUCACCAGAGGUCUAUAAGCCCAGGCUGUCUGUCCCCAAGGCAGUCUUCUUUCUGUGUCCCUUGUCUUGUAGUUUUCAGGGUACAAACAAGGCUGUGUCUUCUUCCCUGGAGACAGUGGUGCUUUGUGGCCCGGGCAGGCCAUGUGGGUUGUAGGUGUGCUACAUGCCCUGGGGAAGCCGGAUGUCACUGCGGCCCCUCGUGGGCUCUGCCUGCCAUGGGGCCUGUGCAGGAGGAACCAUGGUGACACAAGGCUCUCAGAUGGGUCUGGUGCUGUUCUUCCUUUCUAGACUCACAGCUCCUAGUGGCACCUGCAGUUCUCUAAUCAGCCCAUGGAGCCAUGCAGUGUUGACCUGGGCAGCCUGGGUGAGCCCUGAAAGCCAACAGAUGUACUCGAAUCCAUCUCACAGAAUAUUCCUAUAGCCAGGUGGUCCCCCCCCCCCCCAUUUCCUUCUGCUUUGUUUAUUGAGCCACCUCCCCAACCCCUUGGGGAAGGAUUCCAGGCAGUGGCCUCAUGAUUGUCUUGUCUCAGUGCCUAUAGGCUGUGCCUAUAGUCUACUAUGUCGGCAAGGGCGAGGUGGGACAGGGCAGUGGCUGUCAGCCAAGCUGAUGACUUAAGGAUGGCCAGUGUGUUUAGAGGCAGAGAACCAGGCCUAGGUGGUCUGCUGUGGGGGUGCCAUCUUGCUCAGAUCUGCCGUCUUGCCCCUGUCCAGCUGUGACUCCAGAGCAAUUAGAAGCCGUGUCUGAGGGCUGAGAGGGUCCGCUUCCUGCAGCCUUGCCCUCACUGGGCGCCUCUCGGAACAUGGCUUUUUUCCUAUGUGUCACAGGGUGGCAGUGGUGCUGGCCAUCAGCUCAGGCUUUACCUGGGUAUUGGCACAGCAGGCCCUCAGUGUUGGCUGAAGGCUCAGGUGUCAUGGACAAGCAGGUUCCCAGGCUAACUCACUGAAGCAGGAGAUGGGUGGCCUUGGUCAGGCCACCCCAUGGAGCACAAGUCUACAGUGGAAGGUGUCAUGGCCACAUGCUUGCCUUUCCUCGAGGGGGCUGCAUUCUUAGGGUUCAUCUUAGGCCUGCCACCGUUUUCUGGGGGUACAGAGGAUUGAGAUGGGGUCUUGCCCUGUAGCUCUGGCUGGCUGUCCUCCAGUUUACAGCCAUCUUCCUGCUUUUGGGCCACAAGUGCUGGGCUGACAGAUGUGUGCCACUGGCUAGACCAGUGUGGGCAUGCCCCAUAGGAGCCACCUGGGUCAGGUCCACUUUGAGGUGUAUGCUUUUGGGGGUUGGUCCCGAACUUCCCCACAUUGUCACUAUAUAGAAAAUGUGACAUUUAGCACCUUUUUAUGCUACAGCCCAAGGGCCAGAGCCAGAAGCUCCAUGUCCUGUAACCACUCCCUCUGCUUGGCUCUUUUCUCAGACCAGACUAGGCAGGUCCACUCCCCACACCACAGGCAGAAUUCCAUUCCUUCUGACUAUAGGCCUGAAGUCUUGAAGACAGCCAAAGCUGUCAGCAGCUCACACUAGACCAGUGACCUCUGGAGGCACAGACUGAGAAGCAGUUGUCUGUGGAGCCCGGCACAGUUAUUCCUUGCCUGGUCGUGGAGGAAGCUGACUCUAUCUGGCGCUCUGGACUCCACUCCUGGGCCUGGCAGUACCCACAAGUAUCCCAGGACAGACCCCUGUCCCGCUGAAGCUGACGGAUGACGCUCCAGUCCCAUCUCUGUCUCCCACAGUUGGCCCCGCUGAGGAUGGAGCCCACCUCUGGCCUGGCAGAGCAGCCUGGGCCCGAGAAGGCUGGAAGUGAGGAACAAGAGCCCGCGCGAUGGCAAGCCCUCCCCGUCCUGUCGGAGCAGCAGUCCGGAACUGUGGAGCUGGUGCUGGCCUACGCAGCUCCUGUCCUGGACAAGCGCCAGACGUCCCGCCUUCUCCGGGAGGUGUCCGCUGUUUAUCCGCUUCCCGCCCAGCCCCACCUCAAGCGGGUGCGCCCCAGCCGCAGCGCCGGCGGCGCCCAUGCAUCGGAUCUGUUGCUGUGCCUGGCAGGCCCCUCUGCUGGCCCGCGCUCGCUGGCUGAGCUCCUCCCCAGGCCGGCUGUGGACCCCCGUGGCCUGGGUACACCUUUCCUGGUGCCUGUGCCCGCCCGGCCACCUCUCACCCGGAGCCAGUUUGAGGAGGCACGAGCCCAUUGGCCCACAUCCUUCCAUGAAGAUAAGCAGGUGACCAGCGCGCUGGCCGGGCAGCUCUUCUCUACGCAGGCGCGAGCUGCCAUGCAGAGCCACAUGGAGCGGGCGGUAUGUGCCGCCCAGCGGGCAGCUGCCCAGGGCCUGCGGGCGGUGGGCGCCGUUGUGGUGGACCCAGCCUCGGACCACGUGUUGGCCACAGGCCAUGACUGCAGCAGCGUGGACAGCCCCCUGCUGCAUGCCGUCAUGGUGUGCAUCGACCUGGUGGCCCAGGGCCAGGGCCGGGGCUCCUGCGACCUCCGAGGCCACCCAGCGUGCACCUUCACCCAGGCUACCGCUGCCCAGGGUACCCGUGCCGGCAGCGUGCGCAAGCUGGAGGAGAAUGAGGACGGCCUGCCCUACGUGUGCACCGGCUAUGACCUGUAUGUCACCCGAGAGCCCUGCGUUAUGUGCGCCAUGGCCCUCGUCCACGCCCGCAUCCAGCGAGUCUUCUAUGGGGCCCCCUCACCCGAUGGCGCCUUGGGCACACGCUUCCGUGUCCAUGCGCGGCCGGACCUCAACCACCGCUUCCAGGUGUUCCGAGGCAUCCUGGAGGACCAGUGCCGCCCGCUCGACCCUGACCCAUAGGCCUGCUGACUGCUUCUGGACCGUUCUCUGCUCCUGGCCGGCCUGCAUCCCCUGCAGCUCCAUGGCCCUGGACACCGGGGCCCACCCUCUGUGUCUCAGGACACCGACCACCUGUGUCAGCAUGUGGGCCUCUUGUCUGCUGCCUGCUGGGGCCGUGGGGCUCAGCUCCCCUUACAUGCCCAGUGGCUGUCUUAUAGCCCCCGUGGUCCUCCAGGCUCGGGCAGGGAGCAGCCAAUGUGUGUGAAAAUAAAGCACCUCAAACUAAGUUCCCGUCUGCACUGAGGUGCCAGGCUGGGUUGGGUAUCCGAGUCAGGCUGUGUGGCUUGAGUGGGGAGGACAGCCCUGCUGAGUGCACACGGCUCUGGGUGUUUGCAGGGCGGUCCCUCCCGCCCUGGAGGCCAGCCAGGAGGUUCCAGGUGGGCCAUUGUGCCUGGGUGCCAGGCCAGCCGGUACAGAAAUGGCAGGAAAGGAGGAUAACUCUCCUCCCUUGGCACCCUUCCCACCUCUGAGGCCCUACUUCUACCAGGACUUAUCUGAUGAGACCCCAUGGAGCACCAGGUGCCGCUGAAGAGAUCUACCAGAGGACCCACUGGCUGCAGAGAGCCAACAGCUCCUUGUAACUUCACGACAUUCGUCUUCGGAGCCCAGUUUGUGCUGGCCGUCAUCCAGGCCAUCAGCUUCUUGGCCUGGGGCGUAUGGUAAGAAGAUGGAGGCUGUGCCUCUUCUGCGUACCUUUGUAUGAGAGUCGCUACCACCGUGGGUCCAGGGCUGUCAGGCCCCAGGGACCGGAGGAGCCUGGGCCUCGGGCCACCGGCAGAGCACGCUGUCGAGCUGCCCCCAACCCUGCGAGGCCAGUGCCACUUUUCAGGUUGAGGGAGAACCAUCCUGCCAUGCUGCCCAAGCCUGCCUUGAACAGACACCACCCUGUGUCUGUUGCCAGUGUCUUGUUCCUUGGCUGGUCUGUAACCUGGUACUUAGACUACACCGGCCUAGAACUCACAGAGGUUUGCCUCCCUGACUCCUGAGUGCCUCCAUAAAGGCCUGUUCCACCAUG